CCGCCCCUUCCUUCCCUCUCUCUCUCCCCAGCCGGAGCUGGACGGGCCGAGUGCCCGGGCAGGGUCGAGGGGCGGGGGAAGGAGCGGGUCCCGCGUCCCUCCUCCAAGCGCCGGGCCUCCUUGCAGCGCCCUGCGGUCGCGCGCCCGCGCCGCCCCGCCCCAGCGGCCCCAAGUUCUGUGGGUGAGCGGCGGCAGGAGGCGCCAUGGCCGACAGGACUAGGGCGGCGCUCUCCGAGUCGGGCUGGUAUCUUUCAGAUGAAGGAAUUGAGGCUUGCAUAAGUUCUUCAGAAAAAGUUAAUACAAAUGACAUUAUCCUAGUUGCCCUUAAUACAGAUUUAAGAACGAUUGGCAAGAAAUUCCUCCCCAGUGACAUCAAUGGUGGAAAGGUGGAAAAGCUGGAAGGGCCGUGUGUUCUGCAAAUACAGAAAAUACGCAAUGUCGCUGCACCAAAGGAUAACGAAGAAUCUCAGGCUGCUCCCAGAAUGUUACGCUUACAGAUGACCGAUGGACACACGAGCUGCACGGCUGUGGAAUACAGUAGCAUGUCAAAAAUAAGCCUGAACACUCCACCUGGAACAAAAAUUAAGCUUUCAGGAAUUGUUGAAGUGAGAAAUGGAUUCUUGCUGCUGGAUGACAGUAACACAGCAGUUCUCGGAGGUGAAGUGGAGCAUCUUAUAGAAAAGUGGGAAUUGCAAAGGAGUUUAGCAAAACACAAUAGGAGUAACAUUGGAACGGAAGGGGGACCUCCUCCUUUUGUACCUUUUGGACAGAAAUGUGGGUCUCACAUGCAGGUGGAUAGCAGAGAGCUUGAUCGCAGGAAGACUCUUCAGAUGACAAAUACUGUAAAAACUGUUGUGGACAAUGAUGAAUUUGAAAAACAGAGAACAGCUGCUAUUGCUGAAGUAGCAAAGAGCAAAGAGACCAAGACAUUUGGAGGAGGUGGUGGUAGUAGCAGAAGUAACCUCAGUGUGAGUACUGGAGGGAAUCGAAACAGGGAACUGUUCCAGAAAGAGAAGAUAACAAAACCUGAGGGAAAGAAUGAAGGCGUCUACCGAGAACUGGUUGAUGAAAAGGCCCUAAAACACAUAACAGAGAUGGGUUUCAGCAAAGAAGCAGCAAGACAGGCACUUAUGGAUAACAGCAACAGCCUAGAGGCAGCAUUAAAUUUUCUUCUUAACAGCAGUAAACAAAAACCCGUUCAGGGACCACCACCUAGAGGUAAAGGGAAGGGCCGAGGCCGAAUAAGACCUGAAGAUGAAGAAGAGCUGGGAAACGCCAGACCGUCUGCACCAAGCACACUGUUUGAUUUCUUGGAAUCCAAAAUGGGUACUCUAACAGUGGAGGAACCGAAAUUGCAGUUUCACCCACCCCAUCAGGUACAGCCCAAAGUUGUGAAUACAGAACAGAAUGGCAUCAAAGAGAAUCAUUCAAGACACAUUUCUCGCAAUGACAUGAGACAGCCCAGGAAUGAGAAACCCCCUCGCUUUCAAAAGGAUAUCCAAAAUUCACGGCAGGCCUUGGAAAGUGGUGGGUUACCAAGAAGCAGAGGUCCUGAAAGGCACAACUCUUUAGAACACUGGACAGAUGACAAAAAUAAAAGUGACAGACAUUAUCCUAGAAAUGAUAGGCCAAAGGAUAUGGGUUAUCCCAUAGCUACUCACCAGAGUGAGAUGACUUUCAAAAAGAGGGAUAACAACAUGCAAAACAGAGCAGGAAAAGGGGUAUGUUUCACAGAGUUCAAGGAGAAUUCUGCUGCUCAAGAUAUUGCAGACAACAAUAACCAGAAACGUGGGAAAAGGGAAAACCAAAUACACAAUUCUGAACAUUUCUGCGACAGGAAGGCACGAACAAUAAGUAGUGAGGCCUUUAUGGUAAAGAGUGAGCAGCAUUUUGGUGUUAAUAAUGAUUACCAAAAUCCUAGCAGAACUGAUAACUUUAAUGCUGUACCGAAUGGAGAUACCGAGCAUCAUCAGAAAGGAAGGCGAGUAGGACCCAUCAAAUCAUCAGGACCCGCUGCGAUCCCAGCUUUCGAUGAUAAAAUGUUGUAUUACAACACUGGUCCCAAAAGGAGAUCAGGGCCCAUCAAACCAGAGAAAAUACUAGAACCAUCAAUUCACAUGGAGUAUGGAAAAAGUUGGAGACCAGGGGAUGAAUGCUUUGCUCUUUACUGGGAAGACAACAAGUUCUACCGGGCAGAAAUUGAAGCUCUCCAUUCCUCUGGGACAACUGCCGUUGUUAAAUUCUGUGAUUACGGGAAUUACGAAGAGGUGCUUCUCAGCAACAUCAGGCCUGUUCAUGCAGAUACCUGGGAGGAGGAGGAAGAAACAUAUGACCAAACUCUAGAAUUCCGCAGAGGAGGUGAUGGUCAACCAAGACGUUCCACACGACCUACUCAACAAUUUUAUCAACCCCCAAGAGCUAGAAACUGAUUAAUAAGAAAUAAAAGAAACCUUCUCGAGAUGGGAGGAAAUUCACUGGCAGCUCCAACUUGCUGAAGACUUCUAGAAGAAAUGCUGGCUUUUUCCAAGCAACAGGAUGGAACCAUGAAAGCUCACAUGAGCAGAAGGAAUUUGGACCUGACACCACAAGAGACUUUUUAAAAAGUUCUUAGAUACAUGAAGCUGAAUACUUUUUACAUACAAAAGGGGCAAAUUGUCAUUGCUGCCAUCAAUAAAACCACAGUGCACUAUUCUAUUCUUUGCCUUGUUUUCUUUUUACUGAGCCUUCAUUGUUUGUUAACAUAAUACUAGUGUAUCAUGAUUUUUUUAUUUGUUUUGAAUUGGUUUUGGUUACAAUAUUGUUUCUAGUAAGGUAAACAUAAAGCAGGACACAACUGGGCCAUUUCAUACUGAUUUUAGGCUGGCAUUAGAGAAAAGUAAAAAAAAAUUUCAGCUAACUACUGUACAGUGAAAUUCUGAGUAGGUUUCAACUCUUGUUUCCUGUGUGUGUUUUCCAAAGUUGCUGAAGGCCAAAUUACAGACUUGCCUAUUAUGUUUUUCAUGACCUGUGACUAAAAGGUCAAAGGGGAGGGGAAAAAAUAAUCAUCAGUUUCAAUAGUAAUUUUCUAAAUACUUUUAGGCAAAUACUUUCUUUUUUUUUUAAGGAAUAUUUAUAUUACAGGAAUAGAAACAUUUCUAGAAGGUAGAGGAAAAAGUAGUUUAAACAAAAAAUACCAAAAGGUGCAUAUGAGUAUUUUAAAUGUAAAUACAUGUAUACAUGCACAUGGGUGCAACCAGCUGAAUACUAAGUUCUAAUUUUCUUGUAGCUUUAAACUCUGCUUUUAUGCUCCAUAUGAUUAGAAUGUUUUUCAGUUGUCACUGGCACUUGAAAGAACCUCAUGUCAAACUGCUUUUCAUUCUAAGCUGUAUCUUGGAAUCUCAUUGAUGAUAGCUGAAAUAGUUGAAAUCACACUGU